AUGAGAUAGGAAUAGGAAGUGAAUUCCGAGAUGUCAGUCUAGCGGUAGCUAUAUGUUAAUGCAUGUCCAUCGACAGAGAGGGAAAUAAUUGAAAAGACGGACCGUAAAUUAUUUCGAGAUAAAUAUAGAAACAUCCUUAUGGAAAGACACGGAUUAAGACACAAAGGAGAAAAGGAAAAGACUGGACACGGUGUAGGAGAGGACGGUAACGAGAUUUGACCACGUCACUGUGACUCUGUCACUGCACAAAUAAAGGCUGUUGGACAGAGUGGAUCAUCUUUUCAUUGAAUUUAAACCUAAAUUAGGCACUAUGGCCACCCAAGACUCAGGCUACUAUGACUACACCAUCGUCGCCCCGGAGAUGCCGGCCAUGUUCGACGGCAUGAAGCUGGCAGCGGUCGCCACGGUGCUGUACGUCAUCGUCCGCUGCCUGAACCUCAAGAGUCCCACCGCCGCUCCUGACAUCACCUACCAGGACACGCCCCUGAACCGCUUCCUGCUCAAGUCCUGCCCCAUCCUGACCAAAGAGUACAUUCCGCCCCUGCUGUGGGGUAAAAGUGGCCACCUACAGACAGCACUGUAUGGCAAGAUGGGGCGGGUGAGCUGCCCUCACCCCAUAGGCCUCAGGAAGUACUUACCCAUGCAGGAUGGGGCCACCGCCACCUUUGACCUCUUCGAGCCCAUGGGGGACCACCGGACAGGAGAUGACGUCACCAUGGUGAUAUGCCCGGGGAUCGGUAACCAUAGCGAGAAGCACUACAUCCGCACCUUUGUGGGUCACUCUCAGAAGGAGGGUUACAGGUGUGCUGUGCUCAAUCACCUGGGUGCUCUGCCCAACAUCGAGCUCACCUCACCUCGCAUGUUCACCUACGGUUGCACGUGGGAGUUUGCGUCCAUGGUGGGUUACAUCAAGAAGAUGUUCCCUCACACCCACCUCAUAGUGGUGGGCUUCAGCCUGGGAGGCAACAUUGUGUGCAAGUUCCUGGGAGAGAACCGGACCAAUCAGGAGAGAGUGCUGUGCUGCGUCAGCGUCUGCCAGGGAUACAGUGCACUCAGGGCCCAGGAGACGUUCCUACAGUGGGACCAGUGCAGACGCUUCUACAACUUCCUCAUGGCCGACAACAUGAAGAAGAUCAUCCUUUCACACAGGGGCAGUCUGUUUGGAAGUGCAACGAAGAUGGAGGAUGCAGACCUGAGCCGGCUCUACACGGCCACCUCCCUCAUGCAGAUCGAUGAAACCAUCAUGAGGAAGUUCCACGGGCACAACUCCCUCAAAGAAUACUACGAGAAGGAGAGCUGUGUGCAUUAUAUUCACAAUGUUGACGUGCCACUUCUGCUGGUCAACUCUGCAGACGAUCCUCUGGUGCACGGGUCUCUGCUCACCAUCCCUCGCACACUGGCAGAGAAGAAGCAGAAUGUCAUCUUCGCCCUGACACUGCACGGGGGGCACCUGGGCUUCUUUGAGGGGGCCGUGCUCGUCCCCCAGCCCCUCACCUGGAUGGACAAGGUGAUCGUGGGUUACGCCAACGCCAUGUGCCAAUGGGAAAAACAGAAACCGCCAUGCCAAAAAAGCGGGAACCUGAAUACAUCCUGUCCUGAAGAGAAGGCAGCGUAAACUUUAACUUCCUGAACUCCUCUCUCGCUCACCUCUGACCCCCCUCCCCACUCACUGAGGAGAAACCUUAACCAAACCUGAACUACUACUCUCUCUCUCCUCUCACGCCUCUUCUCGGGCUACUGUCUCAACACUCUCCUCCUCCCGGGUACCCCUAUUCCCUCAGCCUCUACUCCUCCUGCUGCCCCCCUCUAACCAAAACCACCUUACACGUGAAGGAACUAAAACGACUAAAUGCCUUUGUGCUUUGUCUCUGAGGGGAACUAGUGGAGUGGAGAGGAACAACUACUUUUGUCCUUACGUAUACAUUACCAAGAGAGAUCCCUGAGAUCCAACCAUGGAGACUUUGACCAAAUAUUCACUUUAAAAAAGGGAUAAAACAAACUGGCAUCCGACAAGUAGAGAAAAAGAGAGGGAGAGAGAGAGCGACAUGGUAGAUGUGUAGUCGUAGAGAAAAGGAGCACAGAAGAAACCUCCUAGUACUAUCUCUGAGGACUAAUGAAGCUGCAGUGACUGUACGCUACAGUGCGCUCACUGCUGACGACUGCCAAGGCUUUAGCCUAGUUUGCCGUCUUAAACCAACACCGCCUCUUUAUACAAUGUAUGUUACUCGCAAAUAAUGUAUAAAAAGCCAGUUUAGUUUAGCAGGCCGUGUGUGCUGAGAAGGAGAGCUGCGGGAUAGCUCUGUUAGUAUGUGACCUUUUCUAUUAGGUUGGUCUGAUUCUCUGUUCUGUCUGUUUUAGUCCUAAAUAUGUUUUCUUGGUGAAUAGCAGCCCUUUUUGGAAGGUAUACGAAUAUGGAAUAGUUUAUUAUUAUUAUUAUACAAUUAUUUUCAGAUCACGAGUCCCCCAUAAAAUGAGUAUCUAUUUCGCACUUGAUUCCAUGUAGAAUCAAGGGGUAUGUCUCACAAUGCACCCUAGUUCCUAUGGUGAAAUAUAGUGGACCUGGUCAAAAGUAGAGCACUACAAAGGGAAUAGGGUGCCUUUUGGGAUGCAUCCAAGAUCUCACUCGCCCCUCAGUGGUAUUAAGCAGUGGAGGUAGGUUUUUACCUAGCGGACCUGACCUGUGGUCAAUCUCAAUGAGAUCCAUGCACAUUCCUACUGUCUCGUUGUUCUAUCACCUUUAUUCAAUGCACUUUAUACGUUGUAUGUCACAUUUCUUUAUUCAACCGUUUUGUUAUUCUUUCUUUUAUGGGACUAGCGGAAGACAAGGGUUUAGAAACUUUUUUGUUUUGCGUAACGUUUAGUUCAGUGACACUAACGAACGAACGGGAGGGAGAGAGGUUGAUAACUCUUCAAGUUAGACGGCCCAAAUGAUCCCCACGUUCACUAAACCCUACAGUCUAUAACCUCCCAGUAGAGGAUUUUUGUACUUAAAAAUAAGACACUUUUUCCAAAAUAGUGCCCUACAUGUUAGUACACUAUGUAGGGAAGAGUGUCAUUUGAGAUUAGCCCUCAGGGUGAGUCUUCCUUGGCUGUCUGUCCUGUGCAGUCAACCUACUGAGCCUUACUACUAACCCUAACCUACUCAGUCCUAUACCCUUGAUCAGCUCCAGGUCUUCUAAAGCAUGACUGACUAUAGAAUCAUUCCCUUACACAGAGUAGCCCACUGCCAAUACACAGACACUCCAGUGUCAGACACUCGUAUGGAAAUGGACCUAGCAGCUGAGACUCAAUAUCACUAAAAUACAUUUUCACAACGUAGAUAACUUGCUGUGAUUACUGGUUUAUCACAUCUGAUGUUGAACCUUUCAUUGGCGAGGGCACUGUACAGACAUGAACAUACACUCAUGUAGAUGACUGGUAUUAUAGACCAUGUGUUCAUGGGACCUGAGCUGUGAGGUGUGCUGAGUAGGAUGGCCAUAAUCAUUGUGUUAAUGACUUCCAACAGACUCCAUUUUGUUGAACCAAAAGUCAUCACAGAAAAGUUAUUUUUUAGUUGACCAGUGGUAGAAUACUGAUAGAAUAUUGGUGGCAGUGUUGAGGUCGACCAGAGAGGAAGUUUAUUAUACAUGGGAAUGGCCCAACUUUGUUGCUAGGGAACAUUAUCUUUCAAAGGGGGAGAGAACUACUUUCCAUUUAGUUUUGUCAGGACAGAAGGUCUUAGCACACACGUUUGUGUUUGAAGGAAUGCUGGAAUGUUAAUGCUGAAAGAUGCUGAGGUGUAUGAGAACGAUGUGUAGGUGAGAAUCUGAGGUUUGCAAAGACUCAACCCCGAACUCAAGGGGGAGUGGUGCAAAAGAUCAAGUUUAGAUGUUAUAGCUGAGACGCCAUAGCUUUCCGUGUUUCCUCUUCUUCUUAUAUAUAAUGGCCGUGCAUUUCCCCUUCAAAGCCUGCAGAGGCAGCCAUUCUGGUGGUGUGUUGUCAUGACAUGUCCAGUCCAGAGGUCCAGCCAAGUGAACUGUAUGGAGGUAAAGCUGGUGAUUCACUGUACAUUAGUGUUAUGUCCCAAAUGGCACCAUAUUCCCUAUAUAGUGCACUACUUUUACCCUGAGCCCUAUGGACUCUGGCCAAAAGUAGUGCACUAUAUAAGGAUUAGGGUGCCAUUUGGGAUACUAUCCAGGCGUAUCAGUCUCACCCAACCCAUACCUUCUGUGUAGCAUAAUGAGCUCUUUCAACAUCACCUCAUGCCAGUCAUUUGGCUGGGUGGGUUCUUUCAGCCUUGUAAACCGUCACUCCCUUCUCGAACUUCACCUCAGUCAACUGGCAUCCAAACACAAGGGUGCCAUCUGCAGGCUUGGAGAGCAAACUACAACUUCUGUCUUAAAUCCAGCCAGUAGGUUACUGUACUGUAGUCCUUUAGACAUUAUUGAUGUUAACUCAGUGAGACAAGAUUUUAAUACAGCUGUUGAACUGAUGUUUGUUACCAAUUUUUAAGGACACUUCACAGUUUUAGUUCAAAGUUUAUUGAAAAUGAAUUAGUCAGUGACUCGUCCAGUCUAACCGAUAGUCAUGUGGUUCUGAGAUAUCCCAGCGAGUAAGAUCUGAGUCUUGAUACACCAGCAUAACAAGCCGUCUUUGCUAUGACUCCACACCAACAGGGUGUGUUCUGUCUAGAAAUCCACUUAUCACCUAACUUUGCACAGAAAUGCAGGUUUGGAUUGUAUCUCUUCAAACUACUUACAGAAUUCAACCUUUAGUUUGUUUUUCAGAUGUAUUUUUUAAAUGUUUUGUAUUUUGUAUUGUUACGGUGACUUAUUAUUUUGUUGUAUGUGCAGAUCAGAGUGAGUGUAUAUGAAUGAAUGUAGGUGUGUAUGAUGAGUCCUAACACCAUCUCUGGUUUGGAAAACCAAAACACGUCUUCAAUGUUUAAAGAUACAAAUGAAUUAAAUGUAUACAUAGUUCGGUCGUUCCACCAAUUCAGUGCCUUUUUAGAAUUCAGCUGGUAACAUUCUCUCAAAGUGCACAUGUUCAACUUAAUUAAAAACACUUCCCAUCUCAAGAGGUUCAAUAAAAAUGUGACUAUAUUAAGUGUGAAGUAAAGUAAUUAAUAGGGUUGGUGAUCAUAAAUCCCAUUGUGAUGGAGGGAAUGGGAGGGAGCCUGUUGUGUACAACCGGGAGGGGCAUUUUAUUGCAACCUUUUAAAAAAUGAAAGUGCAAACAUUUGUAGCCUGUCUAUAUAUGGAGUAACAGGGUUGUUCUGCUCGACCCACUCCGUUUCCCACCACAAAACACCAGAACCAGCUCACCUGCUUUUACACUGUGAUUUGACUACUAGAUAUUAAUUUCUUUAGGUUAUUAUUAUAGUUUCACCAUUUUAAAUGAGAGUUCAGUUUACAUAAGUAACAGAGUUCAUCUUAAAAUGUAGAGACUUUGUUUCCCUUGAAAUGAAUUACUCAUCACAUGAAAUAAAUGACAAUCUUCAGAAAUAACUGCCAGAGCAACUAAAUAACUAGGGCUUUACAAUGGAGAAAUGUUGAACUUCAGUGGGUUAAAAUGUUCAUGUUCAUGGAGGGACAUGUCAAUGCGGAUUUGUUUUGUGCACUUUAGGAAGUCUAUUCAUAUAAAAAUUGGAUUUAUUGAAUUCUCCAUGUGAUCUAUAUUAAAGGGCACUUCAAUGAAUGUAACAGGCUUUUAAAAUGCAAUAUUGUUACACAAUUUCUACUUCAAAUAUCAAAGGGAUGCAAAAGGCAGUCAUUUGGUGAAACGACCCAGUUAUAUGUUACUGUAUGACGGGGACCAGGGGACAUUUAUAAAAGAUUAAGGCAAUAAUCAAUAGGGAUUUGUUUCUAUCAAGGUGUAAAUGCAAACGUGAGGGAAAGAUGAGUACAAAAUGAAAGUGGGAGAACAAUCUUAUUUCUGCAGUUUUGUUUCGACAUAGAUAAUGGGCUCCAAUCCAUGUCCGAUGUUCUGAGCUGUUUAUUUUAGGAUUGAUAUGAAACAAUGUAUUAAUCUUAACUUCUGCUUGUUGACCCUAAUUGUGUAAGUGUGACUGACUAUGGUCUUGCACGUCCUGCUUUUGAGAAACAACCCUUUGAGACUGGAUGAGGUCACCAGACUGAGAUCAGAGGCCAAAUGUAAUUAAUGUCUCAGAGUAGGAGUGCUGAUCUAGGAACAGUUUUGGCUUUUAGAUCAAAAUACAUAAUUGGCUGUAUGGACAUUUGGGACCUAGAUCAGCACUCCUACAUCCCCAGGGGUUUAUUCCAUGGGCUGAAAUGUCCAGAACGAUGCUCAUAGAAAAGUAGUGCAUAGAACCAACAUGGUUCUCGAUUCCACAAGAAAGAAAGCUCUGUAAAUGCUAUGCAAUCCAUUUCUAUCUGACACGUUCUGACCAUGCCGCGCUGGUGAGCACACCUAGAUAUGGGGAAUGGAGCCCUUUCCACCAAUAAGAACACAGUGAUCCAUGACAUCAACAAAUGUUCACUUUAACAUUCUAGAGCUUUAUUCUUGUGUUUACAAUCCGUUUCAUUGUACGAAGAUGUUAGCUGUUUUGGAAGGGUGGUGGAUGUGGAAAUGUAAUUUUGGUGCACUGAUAUAAUCAUACAGUAUGACAUUAUGAGUUCAGAUCACUGGUGUGUUUUUGUAAAGAAAACCAAUAAAACAAAUAUGGUUGUGUUCCAAAAAUAAAUUAUUUUAUUGUAAAAAAAGUA